AUGAUGAAAUUUGCCCUCCUUUCAACCUUGAUGCUGUCUUCAGCAGCCUUCUCCGCGCCGCGCCAGCCCCGGGAGGCCGCGGCCGUGAUGGAGAACAAGAUGGGCAGUCUCAUGGGCAUCAAAUCGUCUCAUUUUGAGAAGAAAAAAGCCGCCGGUGCGUUUGCCAAAGACAAGUACAAGGCCAUGGGCGCCACCCCGUGCAAGGACGGCAAGGCGGGCGAGUACAGCUGCGAGAACGUGGACCUUCAGGCUUUUGUCACCCACGGAGACAUGGGUAGCCAGUCCCGAGCGGGAAACGACAUCUGGGGCUGGACUUCGGACGACGGCCGCGAGUUUGCUCUGGUCGGCCAGACAGACGGGACAGCGUUUGUCGAGGUGGUCAAGAACGGGUCCUUGAACUACGUCGGCCGGCUUCCAACGCAGACCGAAGACGCCAUCUGGCGAGACAUCAAGGUCAUUGGCAACCACGCCUACAUCGGAGCCGAGUCGAGGGACCACGGCCUGCAAGUCUUUGACCUGCGCAAGUUGCUCCUCGUCGGCGGCAACAGGACCAAGAGGUUUGACGUCAAGACGGACCUGGCGGCGCUGUACACGGGCUUUGGCAGCAGCCACAACAUCGUGGCCGACGCCGAGACCAACACCAUCUUCGCCGUGGGGGCCUCGCGGGACGCGGCAUGCAAUGGCUCCAACGGCGGGCUCAUCAUGCUCGACGUCGAGGAACCGUCGAGGCCGACGCUGCUGGGCUGCGCGGGCGACGACGGCUACGUGCACGACGCGCAGUGCAUGGUGUACCGCGGCGUGGACAAGAGGUAUGCCGAGCGGCACAUCUGCUUCGCCUUUGACGAGUCCAAGCUCGCCAUCAUGGACGUGACGAACAAGACGCAGCCGGCGGUGCUGUCGCGCACCUUCUACGACGGCUUCAACGGAAAGGGGGCCUACACGCACCAGGGCUGGACCGUGGACAAGGACAUGCGCUACCUGGUGCUCGACGACGAGCUCGACGAGCAGAUGCGCCGCAACGCGUCCCAGGACACGCACACGACCACUUACAUCUUCGACCUGGCGGACCUGACGUCGCCGCGCUGGACGGGCCGGUACAAGAGCCCCGUGCGGUCCAUCGACCACAACCAGUACGUCGUCGACAACGCAUUCUCGUACCAGGCAAACUACGCCUCGGGCUUGCGUGUCGUCGACGUCGCCGGCGUGCCCGACGACCCGACGGGCGGCAACAUGAGGGAGCUGGCGCACUUUGACUGCUACCCGGAGGACGACGCGGAUCCGCAGCCCGAGUUCAACGGCGCCUGGAGCGUGUAUCCCUGGUUCAAGUCGGGGACGGUGGUGCUGAAUUGCAUCGAGAGGGGGCUGUUUGCGCUCAAGGUCAACACGGGCAAGUAG